CACACUACCCUAGUUUAAAACCCUCAACAGCCUCCCAUUUCCAAGGUAUUACACAAAUCUACGUCAAUAGCGAGGUUAAAGAGACGGCACUGUUCCGCUGUCCGCCUUGACAGAGCCCUAGCGUCGUCUUGGCCCUCAUUUUUGCUUAUUUAGUUAGAAAGUUAAAGCUUAGAAACAGAACAAGAUACAAUGGUGGUGAAAGCAUCCAAGGCCGAGAAGAAGAUCGCUUAUGACGCCAAGCUAUGCCAGUUGUUGGAUGAGUACCACCAGAUCCUGGUGGUCGCCGCCGACAACGUGGGGUCCCAACAGCUCCAGAACAUCAGGAAGGGUCUACGCGGCGACUCUAUUGUGCUUAUGGGAAAGAACACCAUGAUGAAACGCUCAAUCAGAAUUCACUCUGAGAACACCGGUAACGAGGCCUUCCUCAACUUGAUUCCACUCCUUCAGGGUAAUGUGGGGUUGAUUUUCACCAAGGGUGAUUUGAAGGAAGUGAGGGAGGAGGUGGCCAAGUACAAGGUCGGAGCUCCUGCUCGUGUUGGUUUGGUUGCCCCAAUAGAUGUUGUUGUUCCACCUGGCAACACUGGGCUCGACCCAUCUCAGACCUCUUUCUUCCAGGUCCUUAAUAUUCCCACCAAGAUUAACAAGGGUACUGUCGAAAUUAUCACCCCUGUGGAGCUUAUCAAGAAGGGUGACAAGGUGGGAUCUUCUGAGGCUGCUUUGCUGGCAAAGCUUGGGAUUAGGCCCUUCUCAUAUGGUCUCGUUGUACAGUCUGUCUAUGACAAUGGGUCUGUCUUCAGCCCAGAGGUGCUUGACCUGACUGAGGAUGACCUUGUUGUGAAGUUUGCUACUGGUGUCUCAAUGAUUGCCUCUUUGUCACUGGCCAUCUCUUACCCAACUGUAGCUGCUGCACCACACAUGUUCAUCAAUGCCUACAAGAAUGUGCUCGCUGUGGCAGUUGCAACUGAGUAUUCCUUCCCUCAGGCUGACAAAGUGAAGGAGUUCCUCAAGGAUCCUAGCAAGUUUGCUGUUGCUGCUGCACCAGUUGCUGCAGCUGGCGGUGCUGCUCCAGCUGCUGCUGCCAAGGAGGAAGAGAAGAAGGAAGAGCCCGCAGAAGAGUCUGAUGAUGACAUGGGCUUCAGUUUGUUCGACUAAGCACACUCUCUUCGUUAUGCUAAAGUCUAGGAUGAUGACAUCUAUGAUUACGUUUUUGGAUUUUUUACUAUAGUUUUUUUGUUAUGUCUUUCUUGACUCAGCUUUUUGUUUUCUGAAGAUUAAUCGGUUUUAUAUAUUGUGUUUGUUUAGGCAGAUA